AUGCUGCCGGAGUAUCCGAGCGCACCGCAGCCGUUGCCGGCGUCUUCACCGCAAUCGGAAGGCCACAUCAAGAGGCCUAUGAACGCGUUCAUGGUGUGGUCGAGGCUUCAACGGCGCCAGAUAGCAAAGGACAAUCCGAAGAUGCACAACUCCGAGAUUUCAAAGAGACUCGGUGCCGAAUGGAAGUUGUUAACCGAGAUGCAAAAGCGGCCAUUUAUUGAUGAAGCGAAAAGGCUGCGAGCUCUGCAUAUGAAAGAGCACCCGGAUUAUAAGUACAGACCGCGCAGGAAGCCCAAACCUCCUACACCAGGUGGUGCUCCGGGAGCUGGUGCAUUCCCAAGUUUUCCGCUGCCGUAUUUCGCUGGCCCGGCACCAACCGUUGGACAUUUGGACGCUCUGUCAUACCCUGCAGUUCCACCUUACUUCCCGCAUCAGUUGGAUCACCUACAGUUCUCGAAACUAAUGGCGCCGACGGCCGAGAAAAUGCCGACGGCUUCUUCGGCCGCUGCGGUAGUAUCAUCGUUUUACUCAUCAUUGUAUACUUCACCAGCGGCUCCACCGAAGCCGUUUUCGUCACCGCUCUUCCAUCAGUACGGAGGGGCACCUUCAUCACCGGUUUCGCCAGCGACGCCAACACAGCACAGCCCGCACGACGAUCAGCUAAGGCGGCCAGUGUCCGUUAUAUAUUGA